AUGGACAAGUUGAACCUCCAGCAGAAGGCGCGUACAGCGCGCAACAGGCUCGCUGAAGCCGUGUCGCGAGGGAACGGUACCGGAUCGCUAGCUGUUCCACCCUCCACGCUCGCGAUCAACGACAACGCUAGUACCACUGGUGUGAAUGAGGGUUUCCCAGGACAGUCUGCUGCACGCGACUUUGCAGUCCCUGAACGCAUGCCAGUACCACAACCAAGGAUUGAACCUCCUACUUCUCUGCAGUCUUCGGUGGAUGCAGGCAAGCGCGUGCCUGUACCUCCUCCCAGAGAUGCUCGACCGCCGAACAAACGAGGGAUGUCAUCUCCUUUGACACCUCAAAGAGCGAGGAGCAACUCGGCGCCGCAUCGCUCACCUGUUCAGCAACGUGGAUUGCCUCAGCAGCAAAACAGUCCCCACAGCCGCCCAUCACCAGGUUUCCGCCAAGCUAGUAUUGGGAUUCGACGAAUGCCUUCCUCAAUCUCCCUAAACCAAUAUGCACAAGCUACGAAUCCCUCUUCACAGCGACUCAGCCAACCUCUGGACACCUUGGAAGAAGGUCGCGAACUUGGAAGGACGCCAUCAGCAUCAAGCGGAUCGACACUCACUCAGCCCGAGCCCAGUAGACUAAGGAAGGCCAGAAGCGCCAUUCAGACAAGAGUCUCUUUCUGGAACAGUCCCAGCGCCAAGGAGAAGGAGAAGUCGCCUGAGCCAUUCGACUCGUCCGCGCAGAACCCUGCAGACGAAGGCAUGAACUACACAUCAGACAUGGUAGAUGUGUUGGACACUCUUGAUCCUGAGAUCGCGACCUUGACAUCUUUGACGAACUUGCAGAACUCCUUGUUCGUGCCAAACCUGCCCUUCUUUAACCGGCGGCCGACCUACAACCUUCGACGUGCUCCAAGUGAGACUGCGAGUAUCGAAGAGAUCAACCGUAUUCUGGGACCAGCACACGCAGCCCAAGCUGAGAGUGAGCUUCAGCCUCCCCCAAGGUUGCAGCGAACGGAUACGGAGGGCACAACAACAACGCUAGCGACCAUCGACUCGCAGCUGAGCGACUCUCGAUAUGCCGUGCUCCCACCUGGUACUUCACUAGAGGGUUGGAGCAGGCAGGACAAGGCUGAGGUCAACGACCACGUCCGGCACAUGCUCCACUCGAAGCGCUCAAAGUUCAAGCGCUCGAUGAGAGGAUUCGGGCAGUACGUCAGGAGACCUCUGGGCUUCCUGGUCACGCUCUACGCGACACUCAUCACCCUCUUUGGUCUGGCUUGGGUGCUCUUCCUGAUCGGCUGGAUCAAUGUUGGAGGUCGACAGAUCUACGUCGUUCAUAUCAUAGACAGUGUUCUGGUCGCUCUUUUUGCGAUUGUAGGAGACGGUCUUGCGCCUUUCCGCGCGAUCGACACGUACCAUAUGAUUUACAUCGCUCAUUACCAUCACUACACCUGGUCGCGCCGGAAGAAGGAUAUGCUACCAGCACUACACGAUCAGAACGAUCUGCCAUCGACGAACGCGCCCAUCACUGGCCCUCGGACGAUCGACCCUGGAGAUCCGGAGAAACAGUGGGAGUUUACUGUCUUGACACCAAAGCAGCAGCAGAAGCUUGAGCAUCAUCAAGAGAAGUUCUGCAAGUCGCACUCCUUCUACAAGCCUCAUGAGACAGAGACGCACUACGCCUUCCCACAACGUUUCCUUGUUGCCAUCGUUGUUCUCCUCGACUGCCACUCCCUGCUCCAGAUCUCCCUCGGAGCCACCACUUGGGGCAUCUACUACAAGCAUAGGCACUUCGCCAUCACAACCGUGAUCCUGAUUUGCUCCAUCACUUGUAACGCCACCGCUGGACUGCUCAUCUGGCUCGGCGACAAGCGCACCAGGAAGACAGACGUGCUCGAGCGUAUGAACAGGCAAGAGCUUACGGAUGAAGCGAUCAAGAAGGUUGAGAAGAAAAAGGGGCGUGAGAGUGAGAGCGAAGGCGACGAGCUUACUAAAAACGAGCGGAAAGGACGUUUGAGUCUCGAUAUAAUCAGGAAGAAGACGCAAGGCAGCAGCAGUGGGAAGAGUGGAAAGAGCGCCGAGCCCCAGCCUACGGCGCAAAAUCCGUACCCCUGA